AUGGAGAUGUAUGAAACCCUUGGAAAAGUGGGAGAGGGAAGUUACGGAACAGUCAUGAAGUGUAAACAUAAGGAUACUGGGCAGAUAGUGGCCAUUAAGAUAUUUUAUGAAAAAUCAGAAAAGUCUGUCAACAAAAUUGCAAUGAGGGAAAUAAAGUUUCUAAAGCAAUUUCGUCAUGAAAACCUGGUCAAUCUGAUUGAAGUUUUUAGACAGAAAAAGAAAAUUCAUUUGGUGUUUGAAUUUAUUGACCACACAGUUUUAGAUGAGUUACAACAUUAUUGUCACGGAUUAGAGAGUAAACGACUUAGAAAAUACCUCUUCCAGAUUCUUCGAGCAAUUGAAUAUCUUCACAAUAAUAAUAUCAUUCAUCGAGAUAUAAAACCUGAGAAUAUUUUAGUAUCCCAAUCAGGAAUUACUAAACUCUGUGAUUUUGGCUUUGCACGAAUGCUAGCAGCUCCUGGAGAUGUUUAUACGGACUAUGUGGCCACACGCUGGUAUAGAGCUCCAGAAUUAGUAUUAAAAGAUACCUCUUAUGGAAAACCUGUGGAUAUCUGGGCUUUGGGCUGUAUGAUCAUUGAGAUGGCCACUGGAAAUCCCUAUCUUCCUAGCAGCUCUGAUUUGGAUUUACUUCAUAAAAUUGUUUUAAAAGUAGGCAAUUUGACACCUCACUUGCAGAAUAUCUUUUCCAAGAGUCCCAUUUUUGCUGGGGUGGUCCUUCCUCAAGUUCAACAUCCCAAAAGUGCAAGAAAAAAAUACCCAAAGCUAAAUGGAUUGUUGGCUGACAUAGUUCAUGCUUGCUUACAAAUUGAUCCUGCUGAGAGGAUGUCAUCUACCAAUCUUUUGCAUCAUGAGUAUUUUACUAGAGAUGGAUUUAUUGAAAAAUUCAUACCAGAACUGAAAGCUAAAUUGCUACAAGAAGCAAAGGUCAAUUCAUUCAUAAAACCAAAAGAGAAUUCUAAAGAAAAUGAAUUUAUGAAAGAAGAAAGAAAAACAAUUUAUACCAAUACACUGCAAAGUAUUUCAGUUUGGGGAAAGGAAUUGGAAAAAGAGAAAAAGCCCAAGGAGAUCAAAGUCAGAGUUACUAAAGUUAAAGGAGGAAAAGGAGAUAUCUUAGAACCAAAAAAGAUAGUGUGUGAAGGUGGACAUUGUCAACAGGUUGCAGCUGAAACUGCUCAUACUAUGUCUCAAGAUACAAAACCUGUUAUCAGUGAGCCACCAAACCCUGUCAAUCCCAGCACUAACGCUAUAGGCAUGAAAGACGAUCCAUGUGCUGGGGGUAGUACAGUAAUGCCACCCAUCAAUCUAACUAGCAGUAACUUGAUGGCUUCAAAUCCCAAUUCAAAUCUCUCCCACUCCAAUUCAAGGUUAACUGAAAGAGCCAAAAAGAGACGUACGUCUUCACAAUCUGUUGGACAAGUUAUAUCUAACAGGCAUGAGGAUACAGGUUCCACUCAAAGCCAAAUGGAGAAGUGUGUGUUUAAUGAGCGAACCAGCCAAACUGACCAAAUGGCAAAUGGAAACAAAAGGAAGCUGAAUUUUUCUAGAUCUGACAGGAAAGAAUUCCAUUUCCCAGAAUUGCCUUUCAUAAUACAAUCAAAGGAGAUGAAAGGAAUGGAAGUGAAACAGAUAAAAGUGUUGAAGAGGGAAUCAAAGAGAACAGAUUCAUCUAAAAUACCAACUUUACUUAAUGCAGAUCAAUAUCAAGAAAAACAAGAGAAUACAGGAAAUGCACAAACUGAAAGGAAGAAGAACCUGCCAGAUGUAGAGUAG